AUGCCAAGGAUGGUAGACGUUAACGUGCAGACAGAUCCAUUACUGCCUGCAACAGUAAUUGGUGUCGAGCAGGAUAUUUUAAUUGGUGAGCGUGUGCGGAAAAGUUUCGGAUCACGGACGUUCUGGGGUUCCGUGGUCAGUUGUUAUUGGAUUUCAGGAGGUUUGUUCUAUAAAUUAAGCUUUGAUGAUGGUGAUGUGGAUAUUUUAUCAUCCGAUGAAGUCUUGCAAGAUAUUGCAGCAGCUCGAAAACAUCUGAAGGAGAAUCAAAAUGUGGUGGCAAAAGGGGUCUCAAUUGAUGAAACAACCAGUGUGGAUGAUUAUUUUAUGACCAUGAGACGUCAUAAUUUGAAAAGAAGAAGAGAUGAUGCGGUAGGUUCGACCGCUAUUUGUACUCGGCGUGUUCAUUUAUGGGGUCAGAGACUCUAUGCAUCCAUUUAUACCAAUAUGCAGAAUGAAACAUUUAUUCGAGAAAUGCUGAAAACAGAUGAUGGAGAAAUGGGAGAGAUGGAAGCUACGGGACAGGUUGAAGUGGGAGAUAUUAUCUUGGCAGUUAAUAAGACGAGAGUAUUGGGUAUGGCAAGUGCGAGACUAGCAGAACUUAUGAGGAAACAGAAACGCCCUAUCACGUUAACGUUCUAUCGGCCACAGCAUUCCGAGACUUCCAAGAAACUGCAGGAACAACACGUGAAACGGUCUUUAGCUUCGUCGAAAGUGCAUGAUGCGAACGCACAGACGCCACCGAUGCAGCAAAAUUCAUUACAAGUACAAGCAGUGCCGUUGACUCACCAUGCUACCACAAUACCUCGACAAAAAGCUAAUGCGUCGAUGUCUGGUGUGAUGCCGUCGUCAUCUAGCGCUUCUCUGCUCACAUUUACGCAACCUUCAUCUAUGGUUGGAAGCAUAGCUGACCCGUUGAUUCAACAAAGUAGCAUGUCGCAGACACAUGGACUAUUGGCUAAGGAGAAAUUAAGGCAAAGACUAAAUCAGAACAGCAUUAUGGCUGCUGGGCAAACUAGCUACAUGCCUGGAUAUCCGACCACGGGCAUAUUUGGUCAUCGAAACGUGGUUUCUGCCUGUGGUGUUUCUCCUGUUCACGUUGGUGCGCGUCAACCUCAUCAGGUUCAAAUGAUGCAAAACGUUAACAACGCUGCUCCAGUAAGACUUGCAUCAGGAUCCGCUGUUCCUACCGCACAACUUGCAAGGCCUAUUCGGCCCGCUCCGGUAGACCGCAACCACGGACCUACUCAGCGACAACAUACCGUUCCAGUGGCUUCUAAUCAAGCGUGUCAGGUGAACGCAGUGCAUGGUCCGAGUGGUCAUAUCAGUGGGCAACGACAACCCAGCGCUUCAACAACAAAGCCGAGUAAAGAACCAAAUAAGUCUUCUGUUGUCUCGGUUGUCGGACUGGGGCGACAAUCUACCUCGUUGCAGCCAGAGAAAGGCCAGCCGGAAGCAUCGACUACUUCGCAGAACACUUUCAGUCAUAAGCUUACAAGCGAUCAAAAUUUUGUCGUGGGCACCUCAUGCGAAAAUGUUACUACUACAAGUACUUUGGUGUCGCCGACACCCACUAUUGGCACAAGCAUGGUAAAGACACGCGACGCCGAAACAAUUGCAAGACUAGCUGAGACAGAUUCUAAGGCUGCUGAGCGCGCCAUGAGCCGUGCUAUUCUCACAGCUUCAUUGGUAUCACCAAACAAAGCUGCACAGAAAGUGAUAGGAGGCACAACUUCGCCCUUGUCGGCAAGUUCACCGGGUGAUGAAGACCAAGCGGCGACAAAGUGCAAAACGUCAGGCAGUUCCGACUCAAUGUCGUUUCUGUCGCCAAACGGUUCUAGCAUCGAGGCUAGCAUGCUGCCGCAUCGGAAUGUGCCAGCAGGGGUCCCAGCAAACAAUCUUGCUGAAGUUAAGUCAAAUGUUAGCCUCAUGACCGUGACUGUAUCUCGUCGCCGGUUGUACCUUACUUUAGGUUUCCAAGGUAUCUUCAUCGCUGUCACGUCUUUCAUUCUAGACGAGUUUGGCCAACCUGGUGAAGUUCAAGCAAGCGGCAAGGUGUUUAUCGGCGAUAUAUUAGUACGUAUCAACCAAAUCUCUAUAUCUGCUGGGUUGACGCCUGGUCAUGUGGCUAAUAUUGUAAACGGAUCGCCCCGGCCUAUGACACUCUGGUUCAAGCGUGCAUCAUGGGAUAUUCUAAAUGGCAAGGUGUAG